AUGCGCGCCGAGCCCCUAUGCCCACUUGCUCGCCUCUUCCUCUCCCUCCUCGUGCGACCGUUGCACGGCUUGACGCGGGAAACGAAAGAGAACUCGAGGUCGCUUGGGACGCAUCACCGUCGUCGCCGCGAAGAGAGCCUCGAAACUACCGACGACAUGGUUGCGGCUGCGGCGUCCGAAUGCCGUUGCGUUGCGGCACAGUCUGUUGCGUCGAUGCAUCCUCGACAACGACCCGUCAUGACCGUCACUUCCCUGCAGUCGCUGCACGUAAAGGUUGGAUGGGACGGAACGGAAAGGAGGAUUGUCCUCGGAUCUCGCCCUCUGAUCGACCGACCGGGUGAAGAAGCGGAACCGGAGCCGACCAGAUCGGAUCCGAUCGGAGGGUCGCCGGAGGAGGGCAAGGCCCCGUGGGUGUCGGUGACGCAGAGCAAGAAAGGUCGCUUCCUCGAUGCAGGGCACACUCGAGUAACCCCCUAG